AUGGUGCAAUCCCUCGGCAAUCAGGUGGUUUCCACAGACUCAGAACAGCUUGCUCAUGAAUUGUCUCACUCACAGACGGUGGAGCUAGACAUUACAAUCCCCGACGGUUCACAGCCUGGGGACGUGCUAAGCCUGGAAGUAAAUGGCCAGAUGCUGGAAGUGGCAGUGCCGGAGGGUGCUGUCGGUGGUAGUAUUGUCACAAUCGCUGUCCCAGCUGACAAUGAUGCGAGCGCGACUUCAGAGGGCGUAUCUGCUGAGGGUGACCAAGAUGAAAAGGCUGUGUCCCCUACCUCGAACACGGUUGAGCUAGAAAUUACGAUCCCAGAAGGUUCAAACCCUGGAGAUAUUCUGAGCGUGGAGGUGAAUGGCGAGAUGCUGGAAGUCACAGUGCCAGAGGGUGCUACGGGUGGCACAGUCAUCACCAUUGACGUCCCAACUGAUGAUGCAAAUGCAUCACCAUCGGCAUCAUCUCCGCAUGCCCAGGCCUGGGCUGCACUUUGA